AUGGCGGGGGCGUUCGAAGAGGGCCUGGGGGAGGCAGCAGCAGCAGCAGGGGACGACGCGCCGGUGGCAGCAGCAGCAGCAGCAGGAAGGGAAGAUGAGGGAGCAGCAGGAGAAGGAGAAGCAGCAGGUUUGCUGCAGAUCGAGGCGCAGCUGGAAGUGGGGCCGGAAGUUGCUGCAGCGCAGCAGCUAGCAGCAGCGCUGCUGCUGCAGCCGCUGCCGCGGCUCGAAGCCUGGGCCUCGCUGCUGCAGCAAAACCGCGCGGAGCUGCUGGAGGAACUGGGGGGGGGAUAUUUAUUUUAUAUAUCUGGAGAUGGUUUGCUGCUGCUGCUGCUGCAGAAGCAGCACUUGGACUUGGACGUGGAGCGGGGGCUGCAGCCGCUGCGGCUGCUGUACCAGGCGGAGCUGCUGCUGCAGCAGCUGCAGCAGGCCGGUGGCCACUUCAAAGUGCUGUUCUUCCGCGCCUUUGCUGCUGCUGCUGCAGUGCACCCGCUGUUCCUGCUGCUGCAGCAGCUGCUGCUGCUGCACCUGCAGAAGCAGGGCGUCCCGGUGCUCGCGCUGGACAACUGGUGGGGCCCCGAGUUUGCUGCUGCUGCUGCAGCGCAGCAGCCGCUCUUUUUGCUGCUGAACGACAUUCAUGUCUUCGAGCUGCAGCAGGAGCAGCAAGCCUUGGAGGGGGACUUCGGGGACAGCAGCAGCGACGAGGCCCCGCCGCAGCAGCGCAGCAAGCCCGCAGCAGCAGCAGCAGCAGCAGCAGCAGCGGGAGAAGCAGCAGGCCUGGAGGCCGCGCAGCUGCAGCAAGAAGCCCUCAAAGACAUCCGCAGAGGCAGCUGCCGCUGCGCCUCCUUCCUGCUGCAGUCCCUGUGUCUUGCAUGCAGCAAAUUGGGACUUUUUGUUUCCUUUUUAAAUAAUUUAAAUCUCAAACAAACCAAAGUCUUCGCCCCCUCCGUCUCCUGCUACGCAGGCGCCAACCUCUGGCGCCUCAUGGAGGCCCGCAGCAGCAGCAGCAGCAGCAGCAGCAGCAGCGGCGGCGGCGCGGUGGAGGAGGGAGGGGAGGCGGGGGGAGACGCGCAGCAGCAGCAGCAGCAGCAGCAGCAGCAGCAGUGUCCGAUGCAGCGGGGGCUGGAGCAGCACAGGGAUCUGCUGCAGGAGCUCGAGCUGCUGCCGCCCCCGUUGGGGGAGCAGCAGCAGCGGGAGGGCGAGAAGCUGCUGCAGCAGCUGCAGCAGCUGCAGCAGCAGCAGCAGCAGCAGCGCCCCACAGCCCCGCUGCGCUUCUUCUUGGUGGAACUCUUCUUCGAAUUCCUGAAGGGCGAAAGCGCAGAGAGCGAAGAGGAGCAGCAGCAGCUGCUGCAGUUUGCUGCAGUGGGCAAGCUGCUGCUGCUGGCAGCAGCGCUGCAGCAGCAGCUGCUGCUGCUGCAGCGCAGCAGCGGCUACCGCAGCUGCUACAGCAAAUGCGAAUUCGUAACAGAAUUUCUUUAUGCGCCUUUGAGGCUUUUCUGUUCCCAAGCGGAGCUGCUGCUGACGCGGCUCAACGACUAUCUGCUGCUGCAGCAGCAGCAGCAGCAGCAGCAGCAGCGGGAGCUGCUGCUGGGCCUGCUGGACGGGCAGGAGCUGGCGGACUUCUUCGACGGGAAGCUGCUGCUGGUGCUGAUAGCUCUUGCUGCUGCUGCUGCGCGGCGCAGCGGGAAGUGGGAAAUAACAGCAGCAGCAGCAGGAGUGUCUGCUGCAGCAGCAGCAGAAAUAGAAAGCUGCUGGAGCCGCUGCUGCAGCGGAGACAAAAAUAAGAUUUUAGAAACUUCUUUCUUUCCGGUGUCUCUACAGAGUCUGAAGGAGCUGCUGCAGGACCCCACAGCUCUGCCGCCGCCGCGGCGGCCGCCCGCAGCGCAGCAGCAGCAGCAGCAGCAGCAGCAGCAGCAGCAGGAGCCCGCAGUGAACAUGCUGGAGCUGCCUUCUUCGCUGCUGCUGCGGCUGCGAGCUGGAGCAGCACCAAAUGGGGCUUUGCCGAAAGUGCUGCUGGCAGCAGAUGGGGAGGAGCUGCAGCUGGUGCAGCGGGAGACGCAGCAGCAGCUGCUGCAGCAGCAGCAGCAGCAGCAGCAGCAGGGCAGCGACAGCGAAGACACUGCAGCAGAAACGCCAGCCUCCGACUCCGAAGACGAGCAGCAGCUGCUCAAGGGAGAAGCUGUCUAUACACUCCAAAAAGUCCUUCAAAUCCGAAAUCAAAUUCACCAAAAAAGAAUUUCCGAAAAUGUUUCUUUUGUUGAUGCCCCUGCCGAGAUUUUGCAAGAAACUCUCGCGAAAGAUGAGUCCCGAGUGCCCACGCGCGCAGAACUGCAGCGAAUGGAAAAGAUGAAUGGAGAGGAAAAAAGAAAGUUCUGGGCAGCCAGAGUCCGCAGAAGACUGCAGCAAAACCUGCGAAAUGUGACGCGAAUGGCGAAGUCGAUUUGCCCGCAGCCGCUGCACUUCAACAUUGUGGUGAACCACGUGAACCACCCGUGGCGAGCAGCAGAGCAGCAGCAGCAGCAGCAGCAGCAGCAGCAGCAGGAGGCGGCGGCGGGCAGGCCCAGCAGCAGCAGCAGCAGCAAGAAGGCAGCAGCAGAGAAGCAGCGCAAAAACCCUAAAAGUCCAGCUUUAAAAAAAGCAGAUAUUAUCAAACAAAAAAAUGCUGCAGCAAAAGAACAAAAGACUCUCGAUGUCGAUGCGGAAAGAGCAGAAAACCUCGAAAACCUCCUGGUGGCGCUGUGCGCGGAGAAGAGCGGCAGCAGCAGCAGCAGCAGCAGCAGCAAGCGGCGGGGGCUGGAGAGCUGCUGCUGCUUCAAGGGACGAACUUACUGGCUUUCUGCUGCUGCUGUCAAAGAAAUUAUGCUGGAGGCGCUGCUGGGCACUGGGCGGCGGAUGAAUUUGCUGCUGGGCCUUCCUGCUGUUGUACAUACACUCAAAACGAAGCAGAAGCAAAAGCUGUUUUGCUUCUCGCUGCACACCUUGCUGCACAGCGCCUUCAAGGAGUUCCGCGCUGCGGACUGCGACUCCAAGGAGGCCUUUCUGGAGCUGCGGGGUUUGCUGUGUCUGAUGUUUCGGUUUAAUAUGGAAAUUGGGCGGCUGUUUUGUCAGCAGCUAACUGGCGAAGAGGUGCAGCAGCUGCAGCGCAGUUUGCUGUCGCUGGGCUUUUCGAAAGCUGCUGCGCUGCUCUUCGAACAGUGGAAGCAGCAGCAGCUGCAGCAGCAGCAGCAGCAGCUAACCAACGGCCAGCUCGCCGACGGCGCCCUCUCCGCAGCCACACACAAACACAAGAAACACGACAAGAAUCGCGAGAAAAUCGACCUGGACAUUUACAGAGUGGAGAAGGCGGACGAAUACGAAUUUGCAAUCAAAGAAGGACAGGAGGCGGAGGCGCAGCUGCGGUUCAUGGGCAGCGACUUCGAGCGCAGCACAAGACCUCCUUCUUUAGCAGCAGAUUCGAGAGUUAUCUUUUCCCCCGAUUUGUGGCAGUCGAGGCUUUUUGACGCAGUUGACGACUACGCGUCCGUGUUUGUGUCUGCGCCCACGGCCAGCGGCAAAACUUACGUUUGCUUCUACGCGAUGGAACUCGUCUUGAGAGACUCCAACGAGGGCUGCAUCGUCUACGUCUGCCCCAACAAGGCCCUCGCGCAGCAGGCAAGCAGCAGCAGCAGCAGCAGCAGCAGCGGUAGCAGCAGCAGCGGUAGCGGCAGCAGCAGAAGCGGUAGCGGUAGCAGCAGAAGCGGUAGCGGUAGCAGCAGCAGCAGACGCGGCAGCGGCAGCAGCGUAGCAGCAGCAGCGGCACCCGUGAUAGCAGCGCCGGAGAAGCAGUAG